UACACAAUCCUGUCUUCUCACUCUCAGACAAUGCUCAGGAGAGGAAACGGCUAGAACUUUACUGUUUGGACUGCCACUGUGCGCUACCUUAAGUCAGAAGGGGGAUACUACCGCCGAACCACACCACUACCAGGGACUGAGUUUUCUAUUUAUUUGGUAUUUCAUUUGGUCCUCAAGAAGUGGAACCCAUUUGAACCGUCUUAGUUCUGUCUGGGCUUGGCUGUAGUAAGGGUGUUCUGUACUGUACUGUACUGUACUGUGCAUCUGAGGCUGAGCACCCAUGUACAACAGUAGCUACUCCCAGGCCAAGUUUGGCUUGGAGGCCAGGAGGAAGAUCCAGAAGCCCAGUGGGAAGAGCUGUGGCUACUACAUGAGGGUUGUCUUCUUCUUCUCCUCUCUGAUCCAGUCGCUCAUCAUCGUCAGUCUCGUUCUCUUCCUGGUCUACGGGAGGUCCCCGGACGCGGCAGCCGAGAGCCGGGUCCGAGACCUGGAGAAGAGCUUCAACCGCCUCUCCGUUGACAACAUGAACCUCCGGCAGCAGAAAAAGAAUCUGACGCUUCUCCUGAAUGCCACUCAGACUGACAAGAUGCGCAACAACAAGGAAAUGAUCAAUCUGCGUCAAAUGGCAAACAAAUCUGUCAUAUUCAUCACCCAUCUCAGAGACCAAGCGAAUCAAUGCGAUAACGAUAAGAGAAGCUGUCAGAUUCAACUUAGCAUGAACCGAUGCCCCAGAGCCAUGACACCAAUGAUAACACUAAAUGGCAACAACAACAAUAUACAUGAAAACCAGGUCCAGCGGCUAGAGCAAUUGUUAAAGCUAGUGAGCGCCAACUUCAGUCAGACGGUGCAGUUCAUGAGGAUUGAGAUAGAGAACACAGCCAAGGACCGGGACACCCUCACCUUGGAUGCCAUCUCCCUCCGGAGGGACAAGACCUCCCUGCUGAAACAGCUGGAGAGCUACAGGAAGAAGUGCAAGGAGGACUUCGUCCAAUCCCUCGACGGCAUCUCCAACGUCUCCAAAGCCUUCCUGUUGAAGAUCGACACCCUCCUGCCCAAAGUCAGCCCCUUCCUGCUCACCUGUGAGAAGCAGCGCGACCACCUGGACCAGAUCCGCAACAACUGCUCCAGUCUGUCCCGCGAGGUGGAGACCAAGUUCCAGCACUACCUGGACAACGUAGGCUCCCAGGUGUCGGAGAUCCAGGGCCGUAGCGCCAGGCUGCAGGCGGAGAAAGACCAGCUAGCCGAGGACCACAACUGGUGCAGCCAUAACCGCAGCGCCAUGGCCCUGGAGCACCAAGAAAAGUUGCAGAAGACCCAGGAGAAAUACGACCGAGAGAUGGAGAAGCUGCUGACGGGCCGCAUGAGGCUGCAGGGGGACAAGGACCUGGGGGAGACAGCGAUGAAGGUGAAGGAGGGCGAGAUCAAAAUCCUCAACGACAAGAUCCGGAGCCUCAACGCCUCCCUGGCCAACUGUGGCUCCAGGACCGGAAUGGGUAGCCCGGGUGCAACUGGUAACACAGGGAUGGGCUGGGUAGGGCCGAGUGCAACGGGGCAAGGUAACCGGGGGUCAACUGCUGGAACAGGAUCGAUGGCAGGAUUAGGUGGGUGGGGCGCAUCUCCAUCUGCAACAGGAAACGGCAAUACAGUGUUUGGCAACACAGGAAUGGGCGGGCCAGGGUCAAGUGCAACAGGAGUGGGUACUAGGGGAUCAGGAGGGACUGGACUGAGUGGUGCCGGGUCACCAUCAGGUGUUGCAAAGAAAAUUGGACCAGGCUUGGGUAGCCCCAACAGUUACAGUUUAGCAAAUAUCAAUCAAUACUUACGCGAGCUGCAGCAGUAUUCCAAGCCCAACUCCGGCUCAGAAGUAUCUGGGUAAUCCAUGGCACCUCAGAGGAAAAUGGAGAAGGAAUGGGACCCUCUGCUAUAAAACCCAGUCUCCUGAUAUUGAGUUAUGGUAUGUUAAUACACUGAGUGUACAAAACAUUAAGGACACCCGCUCUUUCCAUGACACAGACUGACCAGGUGAAUCCAGGUGAAAGCUCUGAUCCCUUAUUGAUGUCACUUGUUAAAUCCACUUCAAUCCGUGUAGAUUAAGGGGAGGGGACAGGUAAGAGAAGGAUUUUUGAGCCUUGAGACAAUCUAGACACGGAUUGUGUAUGUGUGCCAUUCAGAGGGUGAAGGGGCAAAACAAAAGAUGUAAGUGCCUUUGAAUGGGGUAUGGUAGUAGGUACCGGUUUGUGUCAACAACUGCAAAGCUUCUGGGUUAUUCACCCUCAACAGUUUCCUGUGUGUAUCAACUUGACAGAACUGUGGGAAGCAUUGGAGUCGACAUGGGCCAGCAUGCCUGUGGAAUGCUACCUACACCUUAUAGAGUCCACGCCCCGAAGAAUUGAGGCUGGGGGUGCAACUCAGUGCUGGGAAGGUGUCCUUAAUGUUUUCUAGUGUAUGUAUAAUAACAUUUCUAUCAGCAGCAGCUGCAUUGUAAUAUAUCAUAAAAGAAGGUCUGUUGCUUCUGUGACAUGUAUUCAAAUUUUUUGCACUUUUUGGGGGCUUGAAUGUCAUUGGUAAACAAAUAUGAAUGCAUAUUAUUUGAAUAUGUUGAUUUAAUCAGGAAAAAGGUGUGAAAGUCAUAAAUAAUCUGUUUUUAAUGUACUGUAUAUACUUUUAUUAAAACAAAAGGGUAGUUAUUGUAA